AAACGUACCAACAGUGGUCUAUCAACCAUUUGUUAAAUCUACGACACACAAUGUUGAUAUAUUAUAUCAACUGAGCACAUAAAGGGUGUCAACAAAUCCCAGUAGAAGGCAAGCAGCAGGUUGGCAGCUGAAGUGCGCCAGUUAGUCUGGAUUUCCACUGGGUAUGUUCACUUGACUGCGCGGUUGAGUCUGGGAGCGCAGUCGCUCGCUAGGAACACAUCCAUGUGAUUGCAUUCCACCUACCUUCACUUGGUCGAAAGAAACGAACGAACGAGGAAUACGAUUGACUAGCUUAUAUCGGUGCGACUGUCAGAAUUGAUUACCAAUGGUCAAUACUACAGAACCAAUUCGUAUACGCCACCUGAGAAUUGACUGCAACUUUCAGUGGUAUUCCUUGAAGUAGCAUCUCCAAGAAGAUUGCUCUGCGACCAAAAGGAUAUAGCUAGGUAUUGACGGAACAUUUGUUUAUAUCACUCAGAAUAACGACCAUUUGUGCGUGCCAUUUGGAUUGAACUAGACUAGACUACAACAUUUUCACGCGCACGUCUCUUGAACAGGACAGGAAGGAUUUUGAAUAACCGUUUCUUUUUUGUUGGCGUAUCAAACAGCAGUCAAGACGAAAUCCUUCAAGAAUCCUUGCGCCGGCCGUCAGUGCGCGCGUGCUUUUGGAAACAUGGGUUGUACAUUAAGUGCAGAAGAUAAAGCGGCCGCGGAGAGAUCAAAGAUGAUUGAUAAAAAUCUCCGCGAGGAUGGAGAGAAGGCGGCAAGGGAGGUGAAACUGCUCUUACUAGGUGCCGGGGAGUCUGGGAAAAGCACCAUCGUCAAGCAGAUGAAGAUCAUCCAUGAGGAUGGCUACUCAGAAGACGAGUGUAAGCAGUACAGAGCUGUGGUCUACAGCAACACCAUCCAGUCCAUCAUGGCUAUUAUCAAGGCCAUGGGCAACCUCAAGAUUGACUACACAGAGGCCUCCAGAGAGGACGAUGCCCGCCAGCUCUUUGCCCUGUCGGCUGCUGCUGAGGCGCAGGGCAUCCUGCCCGACGACCUGUCCAAAGUGAUCCGCCGCCUGUGGGCCGACAGCGGGGUGCAAGGCUGCUUCACUCGCUCCCGGGAGUACCAGCUCAACGACUCAGCCGCAUACUACCUGAACGAAAUGGAGAGAAUAGCCAAAUCAGACUACAUCCCCACACAGCAGGACGUGCUGCGGACCAGAGUGAAGACCACCGGCAUCGUGGAGACACACUUCACCUUCAAGGACCUGCACUUCAAGAUGUUUGACGUGGGCGGCCAGCGCUCAGAGAGGAAGAAAUGGAUCCACUGCUUUGAAGGAGUCACAGCCAUCAUCUUCUGUGUGGCGCUGAGUGCUUAUGACCUGGUGCUGGCUGAGGAUGAGGAGAUGAACCGGAUGCAUGAGAGCAUGAAGCUGUUUGACUCCAUCUGCAACAACAAGUGGUUCACAGAGACCUCCAUCAUCCUCUUCCUCAACAAGAAGGAUCUGUUUGAGGAGAAGAUCACACGCAGCCCCCUGGCUAUCUGCUACCCCGAGUACACAGGAGCCAACAAAUACGAUGAGGCAGCCAGUCACAUCCAGACCAAGUUUGAGGACCUGAACAAGAAGAAGGACACCAAGGAGAUCUAUACCCACUUCACCUGUGCCACCGACACCAAGAACGUCCAGUUUGUCUUUGACGCCGUCACAGACGUCAUCAUUAAGAACAACCUGAAGGACUGUGGUCUCUUUUAGAGGCAGGGCCAGAGGAGGCGGGCCAGAGGAGGAGCUAAGGAGUACAGCCCAGAGAGCCUGCUGCCUGGAGGAGAGAGGGAGAGAGUGGGCAGACACACCACCAUCACAGACACACUGUACUGGCACUUUUCUAUAUGGAAACAAACAUAACAGACUGAGAUGUUGGGGGAAAAAGCCUUGCAGAAUUAUUCCAACAAUCACCGAUUCUCAACCGUCAUGUCCUCCUCUCCCGCUCGUGUUUUUGUUUAUUUUCUUUGUUUGUUAGAUAUUUCAUUUGAUAGGUGUCUCUUUUGUUAGUGAUAUCUGGCAAGUCUAAAUUUGAUCUCACAUUUAUAAUUUUUCGCUUGUAUCUUUACUGUUUAUAACUAUUAUCAGAGGUUAGAAAUGCAUUCACUUUAUUUUAACAGAUGUCUGCAUUUUAUGAAACUUUAAAUUGCAUUAAGCUUAUUUUUCUACAGGGAAACAAGCAUGGAGAGAAAACAAAUUGUGAGGAAUUUUUGGGGGAUAUUGUUUACAUAAUGCCAACAAGGUUUGGGAUCAAUUUCAUUUAAAUUCCAUUCAAUUCAGAAUGGAAAUCAAAUUCCAAUUUCAAAUUGGAUUUUCAAUUUUCUUCAUUGAAAACCAGUGAAGAGAAAUGGAAUGUCAAUGUACUUCCUGAAUUGGCUGGAAUUUAAAUCAAAUUGACCCCAACCGUGAUGCCAACAUUUUUCGCUGUAUAAUAUUGCUUAUCGUUCUGCAUGACUGUCCAUAGAUGAUCAUAGCUGUAUUUCUGUAAUUCUCACAAACAAUGCAAUAUUCCUUUAGAAAAUAAUAACAAAAAGUUAAGAAAAAAGUAUCAAUUUUGAAGAUAAAAGAUUUUUAAACAAUAUUUAAUAUACAUGUGCUUUCCUAACAUUAUUUGUUUUUCUUUACGUUUUUUCUGUUUCAAUCCAUGUCUUUUGCAGUAUGUUUGUGCCUUGAUAUCUGUUACUUGUAGAGACUUGCUUUCUCCAUAGUGUGAAUUAGGGCUAUUUCUACUCCCAUACUAUUCCCAUGACUGAUCAAGUGGUAAAAUAUAGAUCACAAUAAUGGCACAGAAAUUAACAAUGAUAGUCUUUUGGUAAAUAUUAAAAUGGUUUAAAUGUCCUACUAUUGUUUAAUUUAAAUAAAGUUUUAAUUUAAAUAGUCA